AUGCCUAGAAGACAGAACCUCUUCAAGGAAAUCUCAGCAGCUACCAAGGAAAUGUUCUUUCCAGAUGACCCUUUACGCCAAUACAAAGGCCAACCUCGAUCGAAAAAGUUCAUGUUAGGACUCCAAUCGAUUUUCCCAAUUUUAGAGUGGGGGAGAGACUACAAUUUAAUUAAGUUCAAAGGAGAUCUCAUCGCCGGACUCACCAUUGCUAGUCUCUCAAUACCCCAGGGGAUUGGAUAUGCAAAGCUUGCAAAUCUUUCACCCCAAUAUGGGCUAUACUCUGGCUUUGUCCCACCAUUGGUUUAUGCCUUCCUGGGGACUUCAAGAGAUAUAGCCAUUGGACCAGUUGCUGUGGUGUCUCUACUGAUGGGCUCCAUGCUCCGGACUGUGAUUGAUCCUGUUGCUAAUCCAGCUGCAUAUACUCGACUGGCAUUUACAGCCACUUUUUUUGCUGGAAUUACUCAAGCUGCACUUGGGUUUUUUAGAUUGGGAUUCUUGAUUGACUUCCUAUCCCAUGCCACUAUUAUUGGGUUUAUGGGUGGAGCUGCCAUUACAAUUGGUCUUCAACAGCUUAAAGGUUUUCUCGGCAUGCUAACCUUUACACCGAAUAGUGACAUUGUGUCUGUCAUGACCUCAGUGUUUACCAAUGCACCUCAUGGGUGGAGCUGGCCGAAUGUAGUCAUAGGAGCAUCGUUCUUGGUUUUCCUUCUAAUUACCAAGUAUAUCGCAAAGAAGAACAAGAAGCUUUUCUGGGUGUCUGCAAUUGCACCAUUAACAUCUCUUAUUGUAGCCACCUUUUUUGUGUUCAUUACUAAAGCACAGCAAAAUGGUGUUCAAACUGUGAGCUACAUACAAAAAGGUAUCAAUCCACCAUCCACAAAUGAAAUAUAUUUCACGGGGACAUACUUACUUUCGGGUAUUAAGAUUGGCGUUGUGGCUGGUAUGAUAGCCUUAACGGAAUCAAUAGCAAUUGGAAGAACAUUUGCAUCAGUAAACGACUAUCAACUCGAUGGAAACAAAGAAAUGAUGUCAUUAGGAGUGAUGAAUAUUAUUGGUUCAGUGACUUCUUGUUUCGUAACUACAGGUUCUUUUUCUCGCUCAGCUGUCAACUACAUGGCUGGUUGUAAAACUGCAGUCCCCAAUAUUGUGAUGUCAAUUCUUGUUUUACUAGUUUUAGAACUGAUCACACCAGCCUUCGUUUAUACCCCAAAUGCUGUUAUUUCUUCUAUAAUUAUUUCGGCCGUGGUUAGCUUGAUCGAUAUUAAGGCUGCAAUACAAAUAUUUAAGACAGAUAAAUUCGAUUUCCUUGCUUGCCUAGGAGCUUUUAUUGGCACAGUUUUUGACUCUGUUGAGAUUGGACUCUUGAUUGCAGUUUGCUUAUCCUUUGCAAAAAUACUUCUACAAGUCACAAGGCCACGGAUUGCAAUACUUGGAAAUAUCCCCAGAUCAACAGUCUACAGGAGCAUUGACCAAUAUCCGGAGGCGUCCAAGGUUCCCGGUGUCCUUAUAGUGAGAGUUGAUUCUGCAAUAUACUUUUCCAACUCCAAUUAUGUCAGGGAGAGGAUCUUGAGAUGGUUAACAGACGAGGAUGCACUACUGAAUGGAGAGAACUUACCAAGAAUUGAGUUCUUAAUAUUUGAGAUGUCACGUAAGAAAUCAUGA